GAAGAUUUUUAAUAAAAAAGAAUGGUUGAAACUGGUCACCAUCAUCAACAUCCACCGGCACCGGCUGCAGCCGGUCAUCCGCCGGUUCCAUCCAUGGCGAUGGCCGUUAGCAGAGGACCCACUUGGCCACCGGCGGAGCAACUUCAUCAUCUUCAAUAUUGCAUCCACUCUAAUCCUUCUUGGCAUGAGACGGUUGUACUGGCUUUCCAGCAUUACAUCGUUAUGCUCGGGACUACUGUUUUGAUUGCCAACACACUGGUGCCACCAAUGGGUGGAGAUGCUGGUGAUAAAGCGCGGGUUAUCCAGACUAUAUUGUUUAUGUCAGGAAUUAACACGUUGCUACAAACGCUUAUAGGGACAAGGCUUCCAACGGUUAUGGGAGUUUCGUUCGCGUAUGUUCUUCCUGUAUUGUCUAUAAUCAGAGAUUACAAUGAUGGUCAAUUUGAUUCCGAGAAACAGAGAUUCCGACAUACUAUGAGAACCGUUCAAGGAUCACUAAUCAUUUCUUCAUUCGUCAACAUCAUAAUCGGAUAUGGUCAGGCAUGGGGGAACUUAAUAAGAAUCUUUACUCCCAUCAUUGUUGUACCAGUUGUUUCUGUUGUGAGCCUUGGCCUGUUCCUUAGAGGCUUCCCAUUGCUUGCAAACUGUGUGGAAAUCGGUCUACCAAUGCUGAUUCUGUUGAUCAUCUCACAGCAAUAUCUUAAACAUGCCUUCUCAAGGAUUUCUAUGAUUCUUGAAAGAUAUGCUUUACUUGUUUGCCUGGCUAUCAUAUGGGCUUUUGCCGCUAUCCUUACUGUUUCUGGUGCUUAUAACAAUGUUUCUACUGCGACAAAACAAAGUUGUCGCACGGAUCGUGCCUUUCUUAUGUCAUCAGCUCCCUGGAUUAGAAUCCCAUAUCCGUUCCAGUGGGGGACUCCGAUAUUCAAAGCGAGUCAUGUUUUUGGAAUGUUUGGUGCUGCGAUUGUCGCAUCUGCAGAGUCUACCGGUGUAUUUUUCGCUGCAUCUAGACUAGCAGGAGCAACAGCGCCUCCAGCACACGUCGUGUCUCGUAGUAUCGGGCUACAGGGUAUUGGUGUGCUCCUUGAAGGAAUAUUUGGUUCCAUUAGUGGCAAUACCGCUUCAGUGGAAAAUGUCGGUCUCCUUGGCCUCACACGAAUAGGGAGUAGACGAGUGGUGCAGAUUUCAACGGGUUUCAUGAUAUUUUUCUCCAUAUUUGGAAAAUUCGGCGCCUUCUUUGCGUCUAUCCCGCUUCCAAUCUUUGCAGGCAUAUACUGUAUACUACUUGGAAUUGUUGUUGCUGUUGGAAUAUCGUUUAUACAGUUUACUGACACCAAUUCAAUGAGAAACAUGUACGUCAUUGGUGUCUCUCUCUUUUUAAGUCUUUCCAUCGCUCAGUACUUUCUUGCCAACACUUCAAGAGCAGGAUAUGGACCGGUUAGAACAGCAGGUGGAUGGUUCAACGAUAUACUUAACACGAUAUUUGCUUCGGCUCCUUUGGUGGCAACCAUUCUUGCGACCAUACUAGAUAACACGUUGGAAGCGAGACAUGCAAGUGAGGCAAGAGGAAUCUCAUGGUGGAAGCCCUUCCAGCACAGGAACGGAGACACCAGGAACGAUGAGUUCUAUAGUAUGCCCCUUAGAAUCAACGAGUUAAUACCGACACGGUUCCUUUGAAACCCCUGAACGUUUCUUCUGUGUUUGGAAAUGUAAGAUAUGUGCAUAUCUUGUAGGUUCAUUGGGGAAAGAUUGAGUCCAAUGAAUAAAAAAUGAACAUAGGC